GCCAAGGCUGCCCAUCACGGUACAGGAGCAAGUCUUAAACUACGAAAGUUGGCUCAGUCGAGCGCUUGGAGAAUUCUGGGAGAAGAGGGCGCGGAAGCUGGCAAAAAACGCAGCAGCAGAAGCUGAAGGAAAAGAUCUGACAGUGGCUGCCCAAAUAGAGCGUGACGCGAAGGAACAACUAAAAAAGGAGCUGGAGACAAAAACUGGAGUUCAUGCCUACAGUGGGUGCCUGAAUUGUCCGGAG